AUGGAAAUCAAUGGAGCGGAUGAUAGUGGAGCGCAAGUGAAAAAACAAAAGAAAGAAGGAGACGAAAGCUGUGGCAUUUAUCCUUCAAUAGUUGGUCUUGAUUGUAAGCUUUUUCAAUUAUCGUCAGAUAAAUGUUUAACAGAAAAUGAUCAAGUUAAAGCUCUUGAACAGCUUAAAUCAUAUUUGAACGUACAACAACAAAGCUUUAUUGGUUAUCAAAUGAAUGAAAACGUUUGUUAUUCAAAAAAGCUUUCAUUCAUGCUCGAUAUCCAUACAAAUAAUAUAGGUGACCCAUUUGAAAGUGGAAAUUGUACAGUCAAUACUAAAAUCGUGGAACGAGCAGUACUUGAUUAUUUUGCAAAGUUAUGGCACGCACAAACGCCUAGUUGUGCAAACAAUAAAGAAUCUUAUUGGGGUUAUGUACUGAGCAUGGGAAGUACAGAAGGAAAUCUAUAUGCUCUUUAUAAUGCUCGAGAUUAUCUUAAAGGUAAAGCUUUGUAUCAAGAACCACAUGGCGAUUUACAUUAUGUAAGACCAGUGAAAAGAAAUGUUUUUUCUGAACAUGCUUAUCAUCCUGUAGCAUUUUAUUCUCAAGAUACACAUUAUUCAAUAACAAAAAUAGUUCGAGCACUUGAAAUUCGAACGUUUUAUGAAAUUGGUGAAAAAGAGUAUAAAGGUCAAUGUCCAAUUCCUACACCAGAUGGUCGGUGGCCAGCAGAAGUUCCAUCUGAAAAUGGUGAUGAAGGUCCAGGCUCGAUUGAUGUCGAUAAACUUAUUCAAUUAGUCGAGUUUUUUGCUCAAAAAGGGUCUCCACCAUUGAUUAUACUUAACAUAGGUACAACAUUUAAAGGUGCAUAUGAUAAUGUUGAAGAAGUUAGCCUUCGUUUAAUGCCUAUAUUGAAACAGUACAACCUUGAUGAGCGUAUGGUUGAGUAUGCUCCUGGUAAAUGGGAUAAACGUACAGGCUAUUGGAUUCAUGUUGACGGCGCAUUGGGUGCAUCAUAUUUACCAUUUCUUGAAAAAGCAGGCAAUCGUAUACAAGGACAUAUUCCAAAAUUUGAUUUUUCUUUACCAUUUGUUCAUUCAAUUUCCACUAGUGCACAUAAAUACCCCGGUUGUCCAAUGCCUAGUGGUAUUUUUAUGACAAAACGUAAAUAUCAAAUUGCGCCACCCGAUGACCCUAUAUAUAUCGGUUCACCUGAUACAACAUUUGCUGGUUCACGUAAUGCUAUUUCGCCAGUCGCAUUAUGGUGUUAUUACGCUAAUACUAACGAUGAUUUGGAAAUAGAUAAAGCUAUUAAAGUAGAAGAUACAGCAAAAUAUGCAGAAACGAAAUUAAAAGAAUUAGAUCAAGAAUAUGGAUACAAAUUAUGGGUAGCUCGUACACCACUUUCGCUUACAAUAAGAUUUCGUAGUCCAGAAAAUUAUGGUCAUGAUAUUAUAUUCAAAUAUAGUUUAUCUAAAAUGACAUUGAAGAUUAAGGAUGAAAAAGAACCGAGAAAAUACGUUCAUAUUUUUAUUAUGCAAAG